CACGUCUGUCCUGGCCUCGGUCCCGCCCACACACACUGUAGAAGCACUUCCGGAGUCAGGGUAUUCCGCUCCGCCCCGCCGCCGGUGCCUUGCUGGAAGCCCCGGCUCCCCCGGAAGUGGCCAGGGCCUGUCUGUGGGGGUCUCCUCCACCCCGCUGCUGUUGAGGGCCGCAGGGGCGGCGGCGAUGGCGGAGGCGGCGCUCCUGCUGCCGCCUGAGGCGGCGGCAGAGCGGGACGCUCGGGAGAAGCUGGCUCUCUGGGAUCGGAGACCCGACACGACGGCGCCGCUGACCGACAGGCAGACGGACUCGGUGUUGGAGCUGAAGGCGGCGGUGGAGAACCUGCCUGUGCCGGCCGAGCUUCCACUUGAAGACUUGUGCAGUUUAACAUCCCAGUCGCUGCCUGCUGCAGAGCCUUCAAUAGUACCUGAAUCUACAGAAGACAUUCUCUUGAAGGGUUUCAUUUCCUUAGAAAUGGAAGAAGAAAGAAUUGAAACUGCACAGCAGUUUUUCUCAUGGUUUGCAAAGCUACAAACUCAGAUGGAUCAGGAUGAAGAAACUAAAUAUAGACAGAUGAGGGAUUACUUGUCUGGGUUUCAGGAGCAGUGUGAUGCUAUAUUGAAUGAUGUAAACAGUGCUCUUCAGCAUCUGGAAUCAUUGCAGAAACAGUAUCUUUUUGUGUCCAAUAAGACAGGAACCCUACAUGAAGCCUGUGAACAGCUCCUAAAAGAACAGUCGGAACUUGUUGAUCUGGCAGAAAACAUUCAACAAAAGCUUUCCUAUUUUAAUGAAUUGGAAACUAUUAACACAAAACUGAAUUCUCCUACAUUGUCUGUUAAUAGUGAAGGAUUUAUACCUAUGCUGGCCAAGUUAGAUGACUGUAUAACAUAUAUCUCAUCUCAUCCACAUUUUAAAGAUUAUCCUGUAUAUUUGCUGAAGUUUAAGCAGUGUCUUUCUAAAGCCUUGCACCUCAUGAAGACAUACACUGUGAACACGCUACAGAACCUCACCAGUCAGUUAUUGAAAAGGGAUCCUGCAUCUGUACCCAAUGCAGACAAUGCCUUCACAUUAUUUUAUGUGAAAUUUCGAGCUGCUGCUCCCAAAGUCAGAACUAUCAUUGAACAAAUAGAACAGCGAUCUGAAAAAAUACCUGAAUACCAGCAACUGCUGAAUGACAUCCAUCAGUGUUACCUUGACCAGCGGGAGCUUCUUUUAGGCCCUAGUAUCACUUGUACUGUAACAGAGUUAACCAGCCAGAACAACAGAGAUCAUUGUGCCUUGAUUCGCAGUGGCUGUGCCUUUAUGGUUCACGUGUGCCAGGAUGAGCACCAGCUUUACAAUGAAUUUUUCACAAAACCAACAUCAAAAUUAGAUGAACUUUUGGAGAAACUGUGUGUGUCGUUGUAUGAUGUCUUCAGGCCCUUGAUCAUUCACGUUAUUCACUUAGAGACUCUAUCAGAACUUUGUGGGAUCCUUAAAAAUGAGGUGCUUGAAGAUCAUGUACAGAACAAUGCUGAACAACUGGGAGCAUUUGCAGCUGGAGUAAAGCAGAUGCUGGAAGACGUACAAGAGCGGCUAGUCUACAGAACCCACAUCUACAUUCAGACGGACAUCACGGGCUACAAACCUGCUCCGGGAGACCUGGCAUAUCCUGAUAAGUUGGUGAUGAUGGAGCAAAUUGCACAAAGUUUAAAAGAUGAACAGAAGAAGUUACCUUCGGAAGCUUCGUUUUCAGAUGUUCAGUUAGAGGAAACAGAGUCUAAUAAUCUAACAAAAUCUGGUUCAACAGAAUCCCUCAAUCCUAGACCACAGACGACAAUUUCUCCAGCAGAUCUUCAUGGAAUGUGGUAUCCUACAGUUCGAAGAACUCUUGUGUGUCUCUCCAAAUUGUACAGAUGCAUAGAUAGGGCAGUGUUCCAAGGAUUGUCCCAGGAAGCCUUGUCUGCCUGCAUUCAGUCACUACUUGGAGCAUCAGAGUCUAUCAGCAAAAACAAGACUCAGAUUGAUGGACAACUUUUCUUAAUUAAGCACCUUUUGAUCCUUCGUGAACAGAUUGCUCCAUUUCAUACCGAAUUCACCAUUAAGGAAAUUUCCCUGGACCUCAAGAAAACUAGAGAUGCAGCGUUUAAAAUCCUGAACCCUAUGACUGUCCCAAGAUUUUUUAGGCUGAAUAGCAACAACGCCUUGAUAGAGUUCUUGUUGGAGGGUACUCCUGAGAUAAGAGAACAUUAUCUUGACUCUAAAAAAGAUGUAGACCGUCAUCUGAAAUCGGCCUGUGAGCAGUUUAUUCAGCAGCAGACCAAGCAGUUUGUAGAGCAGCUGGAGGAGUUCAUGACAAAGGUUUCAGCAUUAAAGACGAUGGCCAGUCAGGGAGGACCCAAGUAUACUCUUUCACAGCAGCCUUGGGCCCAGCCAGCAAAGGUCUGUGAGCUUGUAGCAAGUGCCUACAAGACAAUAAAAGCGAAGAUGCCUCUGACCUUGAGAAGUAUGUCGUUGUACCUAUCCAAUAAAGAUACAGAGUUCAUCUUGUUUAAACCUGUUAGGAAUAAUAUUCAGCAAGUUUUCCAGAAAUUCCAUGUUUUGCUGAAGGAAGAUUUUAGCCCUGAAGAUACCCAGAUCAUUGCUUGUCCUUCUAUGGAACAGCUGAACCUUCUACUGUCCGUUUCUAAAUAAUCAGGCCCGGCGGGCCGUGCGUGCCGAUGUCUGUCCGGUUGGAGCGGGCUGGGAAGUCUGGCAGCCUGCAGGACACCGAGGAACUGUCUGUGGGAAUGUCCCCGAGAACCACGUAGGUGCGCUGCUCAGUGCUGACUACAGAAUGAAAAACAAGCAGAAUGUUGGAAAGAUUGGUGUUUCCCUUUUAAAAACAUCACAAUGCCAAAGAUUAAUCUAGGCGUGUGAGAACUGCCUUCUUUAAAUGGUCAUGAGAAACGGGCGUCUUUCGGGGUAGCUGUGGUGGGCACGCAGUGAAAUGGUUCUUAGUAAACGACGUGCAAUGAAAAUCGGUUACAGUAAGGGGCGCGAAGAAGAACUUUAUAGAAAUUCAGUUAAUUAGAAAGCUUCUAAGAGUAAGGUUUGUUAAAGCCUGAAACACUGCAACACUUUGAGCCACUGAACAUUCCACAGAGGCUAUUUUUUUUACUUCCAGAAAUCUCAUUUCUACACUCUAUUUAAUGUAAUGUUUCUCCUAUCACUUUGAAGUUUGUUUGAGGUAGAUUGGAUGCAUCUGAGAACACACUCUGCUUUCCUGGGAAUUUGGGGUGUUAUCUUUUCUGCGUGUUUGAUGUGAGGUAGUUUCAAGAUGCAAGGACUCCGUGUAAGGUCCCAGUGUCUGUACUCCUUGAACUGCUUAGGUGCAGAAACGUUCAAAAGCAGGGCCUGGCGCCUCCCUACAAUAGAGAUGUGCCGUAUCUUUAAUGAGAAUCUUCACGGUGCAAUAGUCUGUGUUUGCGAGUGGGAAGUACCAAUUAAGGUGGCUUAAAUCCGGCAUGUCGGGGAGAGAAGGAAACCUGAUGAAUAGUGCGUCUCGUGCACGAAGGUUAGGGUCACCGGCUUUCUGUGCACUGCCUUCGGUUUUAGCAGCUCUUGGAAAAGUGAACACUUCUGUGUCCCGUGCAUCCGUUCAUUGGCUGUGCUGGGCCCCAGGCCGAUGGGCCUCUAGCCCUGCUACAGCAGGAAACGUUCUACUAACCGAGACCAGGAGGAUGAAGGUGGCCCACCCCUUGACAUCUCCCGUACUCUGUUGGGGAUCAUCACAUAAAUUAUGCACAUCUCUGAGUUUUCCUACUGAAAACUGUUUCCUGAUUGGAUAGGCUGCUUUUUGGUUCAGGAGGAGUUGGGAAUUAUUCAAACACUAUCUAGGAGUAGAACACUGAUGAGGGUUCUGGAAUGUAGCCAGCAGACCUCAUUCUGUAGGACCGUAGGGCAUUUUUCAUCCCCUGCAAGAAGACUCGCAGUGUGUACAUAGGUUGCAUAUCCCGAUGUCUGUCAUUUUAAACAGGUCACUUGUUCUUCACCUCUGUUUAAAUUGGUGACGAAUGUGGCUUGAUAGAGCUUAGCAGUCUAUUUUGGGAAGGAAAGAGGUGAAGAGGGUCCAUAUUCAUUCUUUGACAUGAAAUGAAUGAUGGAGAUUAUAUUUACUUCCACUUACUAUUUUAAAUACAUGUCUAAUGAAAUAAACUGUAAAAUAUCCCGUUUUCUGUAUUAUAUGUACAUUUGAUUUUUUAAUAACCUUUCCAAAGAAAUGAGGGCAUGAUUAUUGUACAUUACUGUGAUUUAAUCUGAUGUACAGAACAAGUUGUGUUCUACUUAAGGAUAAAAAUAUUUGAUGGCACUCAUUCUUGUGUUUUGGAUCUUUUAUUCCUGAAACACUCGAACAUCUUACAAAGUGCUAAGUAGGUGGUAGUGAUCCAACUUGUUUGCUAAAUGAAUAUUUGUUUAAAUCUGUACAGUUUCAAGUGUUUACUUAUACAAAGAGUGUACAUACUUUCAAAUAAUUAAUUUAAAAUGCUUUAUAUUAUUUGGCUAGAAAUCGCUGUUUUUAAUAAAUGUGAAUUUUUUUUAAAAAUAAA